AUGUCCAUUACCAAUAUUUUGUCAAAAUAUCUACAGAGUUCCAAUAUUGACUAUUCUAGUGUACAACAUAUGACCAAAGCAACUAUUCAAGAACUCUCUAAUAUGCGAUGUGAACAUAAAUUUGAUAUGAUAUGGAGUAAAGCUAAUGUUAUGAGGAUAGAUAAUGAAAUAUGUUCCCCAAUACUAAGUAGAAAAUUAAAAGUUCCUAAAAAACUUGGUGGAGGUUUAAAACAAAAUGAAAACUGUAAUGUUAAAGAUCAUUAUAAAAUCAACAUAUAUUUCCAAGUUCUUGAUACUAUAAUAAGUGAUAUGAAAGAAAGAUUUAAAGAAAAUGACAUACAUAUUUUAAACUAA